GCGAGCGAGCGAGCGAGGAUGAGCGGGAACGGAGCGAAGAAGGUAGCGGAGGUGGCGGCGAAGGCCUCUAAGUCGAUCGAUUGGGACGGGAUGGCGAAGCUUCUCGUCUCCGAUGAGGCACGCAAGGAAUUCUCGAACCUCCGCCGCGCCUUCGACGAGGUCAACCACCAAAUCCAGACCAAGUUCUCGCUGGAACCUGAACCCAUUGACUGGGACUAUUACAGAAAAGGAAUUGGUUCACACCUGGUAGAUCAGUAUAAAGAAGCAUAUGAAAGCAUUAAGAUCCCGAAGUUUGUUGACACUGUGACUCCAGAAUACAAACCCAAGUUUGAUGCUCUGCUCGUUGAGUUCAAAGAAGCAGAAAAGCAAUCUCUAGAGAGAUCAGCACAGUUGGAGAAAGAAAUUGCAGAAGUUCAGGAGAUGAAAAAAAAGAUAUGUAAUAUGACAGCUGAUGAAUAUUUUGAGAAGCAUCCAGAGCUGAAGAAGAAGUUUGACGAUGAAAUUCGUAACGACUACUGGGGAUAUUAAGUAUAACCCACUUUUUCCCUUCAGUAGCUUCUUGCAUGUCAUGAGAUCUCUAAUAAGUUAGUUGAUCAUGGUUUAUCUCAACAUUGGAAUGACCUCUAUUUAGAGCAGACGUUUGAUACUUUUAUUUUUUCCAAAGUCCUACUUGCUGUCUUUUAUGAUGCACUUCACUAUGUUGGAUUUGCCUUAACUGGCAUCUCUCUUUACAUUUUUUUUAGCUAAUAAAUAUGUUCGCCAAUACUUUCUUGAUAAAUAACAUUGGAAGUGUGUGGUCGAGAUUUCUUCAUUAA